GAAUAUCAUGUUUCUGCAGAUCAUCAUUUUUAUUAUUGAUUAACUUUAAAUAACAAACAUUGGCAAGUAAAUAAAAAACAGUGAAACAGAUAUAUUAAUAUGGCAUCUGAUGAUGCAUAUGUUUAUGUUUACGAUCGUAGAUCGUCUACAUCUGAAGGAAAGACAAUUACCAUUGGAGGUGUCUUUGGCUUUUCUGAGUUUCGUGAUAAAAUUCUUCAGACCUUCAAUCUCCAACCUGAUGAUGAAUUUGUUAUUACAACAACAAAUAGAAAUGUUAUUGCAGAUGAUGAAGACUAUGUGAAUCUGAUUGAAUCCGCAGAUACCUUGUAUAUACUCAAAUCAGUUGUGCAACCUCUGGCUGCACCAGUUGCUGAGAAAAUAGAAUUUCAGCCUCAUUAUGACACAUUGAUUAAAAGUGGAAUAUAUGAGUAUUAUGCCAGUGAAGGACACAUUAACCCUCUUCCAUUUGCAUUUGCUGAACUGAUUGAUAAUGCUCUUGCUGCAACUGUUGACAAUAAAGGAUCACGAAAUAUUGAACUGAGUUUGCAUUUUGAUGACAGCAAUGCAGGUAAUCAUGCUGUUUGCGUCACAGAUAAUGGAGUUGGAAUGACUUCACGUCAGUUGAACAACUGGGCAAUCUACAGACUUUCAAAAUUCAAUAGAACGGAGAGACAUCCCAGAACAAAUUUGUUUGAAGAUGCAUUGAUGGCAGAUGAUGAAAGACAAAUGCUGACUAAGCACAAUGAGCCGAAAUCACUCAAUAGUGAUAUUUCGUGGUUUGGAGUUGGAGGAAAACAAGCAAUAUUUUUUAUUGGAAGUUCAACAAGGAUAAUUACUCGUCCAAAAGGAUCUUGCGAUGUUCACGAAUUUACAUUAUCCAAAGAUGAAUUCAAGCGCAAAGAAGCAAAUAAAGAAACAAUAUACAGCGGGUAUAUAAGAAACAGGCCGCCGUGUGAUUAUUCUCACAUACCCAAAAAUGAAGAGAUUACAAAAAAAUUAAUUAAUUCUGAGAAUUCGAUUGAUUGGAAGAAAAAUGGGUUCACCAAUGUUGUCAUCACAGGCAUUGAUUCAAAACAUGUCAAAUUUAUGAAGCAAGACUUUGGACUUUGGACAAGGCAGUUGGCACACAUAUAUCACUACUAUAUUCAUGGACCUGAAGGAAACACAAAAAUGUCUAAGGAAAGAAGAAAUGUUGGUGCAUUAGAUGUCAAUAUUACGAUAUCCAUUCAUGAACGAGGUAAGCCAACAGCCACAGUUAAUCUACAUGACAUAAACGAUGAUCUGGAAUCUCAGUAUAUUCGUACUGCAUUCGAUACAUUCGAAUUUAAAGUGAAGACUGAUGGGGGUAGCGGGAUUGUGGAAGGAAGCAUAAGAUAUCAUCCGUUUUUGUAUGAUAAAGAGACGUUUCCUAGUGAUCCAUACACAGAAGUAUUUCCUAAUUCAUCAGUAGACGUAGAUGGCAAUGAUGAUAUAGAUGAUGUACCAGCCAGAGGCAGAAGACCAAUAUUUGAGUGUUUUUGGAACGGUCGGCUGAUACCUUACACAUUUAUCGAUGAUUUUGACUGGUGCAGACUUCCAAAGAAACGUGGAAAUAUUCCAAAUGAUUGCUUUUACAGAAUAUCUGGUUGCCUUUUUACAAAUGACAAAUUUAAGGUUUCUACAAACAAACUUACUUUUAUUGAUUUGGAAGGAAAACUUCGGGAUCGUUCAACAGUUUUCUCAAGAGUUAUUCUCGGGCAAGAACAAAGAGCACAGAUUCAUAGACAAUUUAUGGAAUGGCUAAAAGAAUGUCAUGAGAAACAUGAUAAACAGAUCAAGUUUCUAAAUUUCGUUGAAACGUCAACACGUUAUGAUACUAGUGGAAGAAAAAAUAGUCAACUGCAGCACUCUGUAUACACUACUAUUGAAUGGGAUGGCAAAUCAUUCAAGCAAGGGCAGUUGGUACGGACACAUCGCACAACACCAAUCAUCUCUGGUCGAAUCAAACAAUUUAUUUUGAGUGGAACUUAUGAAGGUGAUGUUUAUGCAGUUGGUGGUGAAGUAGAAAUACAGCAGGAACCCUUUGCACUGUACAAUGAAAUUCGAAGAUUUCCGCUUUCGAAAUUAGAUCGAGAAGUAUCAAGCGCCACUGUUGCUCACUUGAUUAAUGAGGAAGAAGGGAAAUUACCAGAACACCUUCAUCUAACAUGGCCAGAGGGAAAUGAAAUUGUAGAUGGUGAAUCUCGACAGUCUGGUGUCACAAUUGGUGCAAUGCGAAUUGAAAUUCGUAACAGACGCAAAGAAUCAAUACAAAAAUUACCAUCAAAUGCUGGUAGUCGUAAACUUUUAUUAGAACAACGAUUAUUAUAUGAAACAAAUGAUGGAGGAAAAAUUCGUGAGAUUACAAGCCAUGUUACAACACAUGCUAAAACAUGGCCAUACUGGUUCAAGAAAAUGGAAAACAUAAAAGCAUUGGGAACUUACACGAUUCAGCUACGAACAAUGUUAAAUGAAAGUGGUGUUUACACGUAUGCAGACGGCUGUAUUUUGCCUCAAAAAGAAUUGAAAUUUAUAAUAAGAGAGGCUCCCCCAAGCAGAUUUCUUGUCGGAAUGUUGGAGUCUCCACUCAGAAUAGGAGAACCGUUUGAUAUUCCUUUAGAACUUCAAGAUGAACACGGACAUCCGACAGCUGCAUCAGAUGAAUUUAAACCAGUUCUUAAUUCUGAGGGUCUUCAGUUGUCAUAUGCAGACAUUGGGUCAAGACAAAAUACACUUAUUAUCAAAGGUGUUGUAGCAAUCGGUACUGUAAACUCACAACAUGGAAAAAAUUUUAUUAUGACUGUCAUUCUGCCCACAAUGAAGAGAGAAUUGCAGUCAAUGAAAGUUCGAUUGUUACCUGGUCAACCACAUGCUUUGCUUAUUGAUGAUAGAAAUGAUGACAAAGAUGUUGACGAUGAUUCAGAUGAAAUAAAAUGCUUUGAUAUUGAAAAUCUUUCCAGCAUUUCUCUUCGAGUGCACGUCGUUGAUGUUGCCGGAAAUGUAACUCUGGGACAAAAGUUGAUCGUACAGGCCAAGUUUCCUUCAAAUUCUGGUGUUCCUGCACUUACAUGUGAUUGUUCAGAAAGUGGGCGAGGAACUUUAUCGGGUCGAAUUGCAAUGAAGAAAUUGAAAAAAGAAAAGAAAUCGAUAAAAGUUAAGAUCGAGGUAGUCGGAAAUAAAGAUAUAAAACCUUGUUUUUGUCAAUUCAAUGUAUCACCUUCUACGAAUGUCAAAGUGAUUGAAGUUUUUUAUACAGAUCCAUAUUCGGAUGAUUCAGAUUUAAUCAAGCUUAAAAUGGGUUCCGAUAUUUACUGGCAAGCUGGAGAAAUAAUGUCCGACAUGAGUUUUCGACUACUGGAUGAAGCAAGACGAGAGGUUGUUCUGAACAAAAACGUUUGUUCUGGAAUCAGGGUCAACUGGACAAAUCAUGUAUCAUCAGAAGAUUUAUGUUCUGGAAAGCUACCUGAUAUAACUAUUCCUACAAAUGUCAGGGAUACGAAAUAUUGCGAAAUCAUUUAUGCUGGACAGAAAAAUAUUGAUUUUUCAUUCAAUAUAAAGCCAAUUGCAGGCGAACCAGCUGCUAUAAAGUGCACAGUGGUCGGAUCUCGUGAUAUUCAACUUGGAAUUACGAAAAAUGAUCCUAUUACUGUGUCACUGUUGGACAGUCAUGGCAACAAACUUAACGUCAGAGAAAGUCAGUUAGAUCUUGUUCGAGUAUCUGCAGAAGGGCUGGAUGAAACGCUGAUUGAGAAGAAUAUAGAGAACAACACUGUCCACCUGAACAAUAUUCAAUUCAAUCAAGGACCACUUGGUAGUCGAGAAAUAUGUGUUAUGUAUGGGCAUAGUGAACCAAUAACAGAAUAUGUACUUCUACAAAUAAUUGCUGGAACUCCUGUCAUGAUUGAUAUUUCUGGCUGGUCUGAUUUCUCGAAGCCUGUAGCUGUGCUAAGUGGAACUCGUAUCCAGGAAGAAAUUAAAGUACAACUCCUCGAUGGAUGGGGUAAUGCAGCUCGACAAAAAGGUGUCAAAGUUCUGCUUGGCAAAGAUUCUGCUGUCAAACUGACUCCUAAUCCAGGGAUGUUGUUAACUGAUAAAGAUGGAGUUGCUGUGUUUAAAAAGUUUUCUGUUUCUGGAAAAAGAGGAGAAUAUAAUUUACAGCCACGUGUUGUUGUGAACAGAACUUCAAUAGAGGGACCUAAAUUGAAGAUUAGUAUUUUACCAAACACUGAAACACCGACAUGUAUUAAAGUAUUUUAUGAUCAAUCAAUAAAGUCAGUUGUUACUGGAACAACAUGGCCAGAUUUUGAAGUUAACGUGCAAUCAGAAGAAGGCAUGCCUGUAACGUCAAGUGUCCACAUAUGCAUGGCUGUAUGGAAAGGAAAACCAUUGAGAGAUAAAUCUGUGCCUUUAUCGGCGGAGUUUCAUAGGAUCAAUGAACCAUCACAAGGUGUCCAAAAUUUCAACAGUUAUCGAGCGCCGACUAUUGCAUCAAGCUACAGUAUCUGUUUUUGUUUGUGUGACAGUCCCAACUCAAGAAAUUUUCUGAUGGUCAGCGAAAUUAUAAAGAUUAAUGUUGUACCUGGUCCUCCUUAUAGACUCCAGCAUGAAGUUGAUCCAGGAACACCCACAGUUUCUAACACAAAAGUGGCCAGAACGAUUAUCAGAAAUCUUACGCUCGUGUUAGAAGACAAGUUUGGCAAUAGCACAGGUCAUGACGUCAAUGGCCAGGUGACUGUCAUCAUUGAAACAUCUGAACAAACUCUUAAAUCGGCAGAGGUUCCGAAGUUUGAUGGAAACUGUGCAAGACUGGAAAUGCCAAUGAAAAAUGGAAAGAUUGUGAUGAACAAUUUAACGUUGCAAGAAAAUUCACCUGGAACAGAUGGAUCACAAUAUGUUCUUCAUUGUGAAUUGACAUCUAAACAAUUACCAGAGCAAUUGCCACCAUACAUGCUCAAAUUUUUCUUCUAUAAUGAUAGUUUUAAACAAACUCAAAUGAGUGUACUUGCCAAGAAAAGAGAUGUGUUAAAGAACGCAAUCAAUUCAUAUGAAAGUCUUUUUAAUCUACAUCACACUCUCUUGAAUGAACUGAAGAAAACUUUUAAAGAUGCCGAUAAUAAAAAGAAGCAGCUGUUACGAGAUUUGCAAAGAGCUAAUAUGAAGACAAAAGAGAUUUCAUCAACUGCUGAUGUAGAAUCCUUAAUCAGAAAAUUUUCUUGUGAACGUGAUUUCAUGUUAAAUCAACCUCGACGGAAAUGCUUGCUCAAGGAAUAUCCAGACAAAAGUACAGAGGUUUUGGGAAAAAUUGGACAUCUGGCUCAAGUCUCAGAUGAUGCAAUUGCAUGUGUUUUGUCUUGGCAUAUGAUGGGAGAUAUGGACUGUCUAGUUACAUUUACGUCUAAGAAGGCUCGAGAAGUGCACAAGGCAACGGGAGGUACCCAACAGCUGUUGCCUCUCGACAGUAUUUAUAAGAAAAAUCUUCCGGAUCCAAACAGACCUUUGCCUCAUCUGAGGAGACCACCUUCUGCUGGUGGGUUUUCCAAUGCAAAAGGAAACCCUGUCUAUGCCAGAGACCUUCUCUACUUUCCAAAAGAUCCAGAUAAUUGCAAGAUAGUUUUUGGAAUGUUACUUGGAGAAACGCUGAUCAUUGACGACUUGGAUACAGCUAAUGAAUACAGAAACAAGGUUGUUAAAUUCACCUACUGUCCAACUAUUCUGACAAGAAAUGGAGAACGAAUCAGAAGCAAUGGAAAGUUUGGUGGCAAUCAAAAUAAAGCAGUUAGCAUUGAUAGAUUACGUGGAGCUGUAUUUGGUGCAAUGUUGCCUGAAGAAUGCAGCGAAAUCGAAAAACAGAUCGAACUGUUGCGAAAGUAUAAAGAAAGUCUCGAUGAAACAGAUACAGCAUUCACCGAACUAAACAAUCAUGAAUCAUCAUUACAAACUGAUGAAAUGAUACAGAAAAAACAUGAGCACAAGGAGGCAAUAGAGAGACUGAAGGAAAUUGAAAAAAAGAUUGGUCUCACUCGCAGUUCUGCCCCAAGACAAAAAAUGGAUUCUGGAACUCCAAGCAAAAGAAGACGACGUUGAUUUUUACCUGCAAUUUAUCACUGUAAAAAAGUGCUGAAGGAAGCUUUUUACCUAAUGGAAUUUCAUCACUUUUAGUUAGGUGCUUUCACCUGAUGCUUUUAUCACUUGUUCUAGAUUUUUGUCUCACUUUUCAGGUACUCAAUGGUUCACUUUCAUCUAUUUCUACUACUCAAUAUUAUUGAAUAUUUAUGCUGUCCAGCAGGAUGGAUUUUUGAUAAAACCAUUUGGUUUCGGGUCUGAAUAAUUUCCUAUUUGCCCUCAAUUAGCAAACAUUACUAUAUUUGAAUAUUGAAAUAAAGAAAAAAAUGGUAUUUUAAUAUUAAACAGUCAACAUUCCUGCGACGAGUCGUUAUACAACAAUGCAGGCUGCAUGCAGCAUCCUUUUAUUUUGUUACAUGAUAAUACUUUUCUGCUUUUUAACUUUUUUUCAACCAAAGUCAACUUAUUUUUUAUGUUCCUUAGUCAACCGUUAGGUAUGGUGGUGUAUCUUAGAUGGUUUUAAAGUAUUUGUACUCUGGUGAAAUGCGUUUUUACAAUUUCCAAAAUGUUUGGUGCUUAUUUUAUUUUUGUAUACCAUUCUUCUGUGUUUGUUUCAUUUGUUAUAUUGAGUUAUUAAACACUUUUAAACAAG